UCUUCACCUGAGUUGUCCGUACACGCGGGUGCACUUGUGCUCGGCUUUGUUGUGAUAGUUGAGUGUUAAAAGGUGUUGCAAAGUUUGUUGAUGUGUUACAGUGCCAACAGUAGUGAUUCUCCUAUUUAAUUUAGCAACAGUUGGUAUACUAAUAAAAAAAUGCUUAAAUCUUGUUAGUGACCUAAGACACGUGUUAACAAGGAUAAAACACACAGUUGCACGUGUAGCGCUGUCCCCUUGUCACCAUGACUGUGGUGGCCCCAGCGCCGCGUCCCAACUCCUUGUUGCCCCGGGCCCCGGCACCAUGGCGACCCACGGCUGCGGCAGCGCUGGGGCUGCCUGCGGCCGUUCAGAGCCUCCUGCAGCAGCUAGGGGGAACAUUCCACACUUACCAUCCAUUCCGGCGCGCCAGGACUGAGAAUGACGUGGACACCAACAUUCCUCGUAGCCCCGCUCCACUGCUACUUCUUAGUCGCAACGCCCUGGUGGCGUCCUUUGGCCUGCGGAAAUUGCGGCGUCUCUUACUGUGGGCGGGAGCACCUCGGGCGGUGUCUCGGCUGGUGUCGACGGUGGGUGCAGGGGAGUGCGAGGCCCUGGGAGCGGCGCCCCUCACCGAUGUCUUCGCUCAACCUUUCUUCCACCGCGCCGUGACAUGGCGGGUCACCUGUUGCUUGGACCGUCAGCCGUAUCUCACCACCUACGCCGCCACUUCCGCCAUCCACGGCUACUGUGUCCCCUGGGGCGGGUGGCACUGGCUGGGAUGGUCGGCAGACGCGUGGUUCUGGGUGGACCAUCCUUACAUCAUGAGCGUGUGGGGCGUCGUCUACGAUGAUGUCACCAGCAACGCCUUCUACCUGCUCGACACACCCAUCGCCACCCUCGACCAGAUCCAGACGCGAUUGACGGCGUGUGGAUGCUCAGUGCCGGAGGAGCUGGUGUGGACGGUGGUGUACCAGGUGGGGUCAGCGCUUCUUCACAUGCUGCAGAGUGGCCUACCCUACACACCCCUCGCACUCGACAACAUCUUCCUCUUGAGAGACAGGCUCGCCCUCGAGAACAUGCUCUCCAGGAAGCACAGAAUGACGGGGUGCGGGUGCGAGGCUUGGCGUGGGUCUGCAGGGCACCAGCGGGCCACAGCUUCCGGGCCCUCGGAAAGAUGCUUCGUGCACCACGUCGGUCAAAUCAUCUUCGCUCUGAUCACCUGUCACCUCCGCUCCCAGCCCGAGGGUAGCGUACCACCCUGUAGUCCAGUCAACACUCUUCGAUCUCUUAAGCAUCUCUACUCCCCAACACUGUUGCGACUCUUAUCCCGCACUCUGGCAGGGGGCGUGAGUGUGGCGUGGGGUGUGAUGGGCGGUGGGGGUGAGGGACGGGUAGCAGUGCGAGCCUUCCAGUGGGAGACACAGUGGGAGCAGCUAGAUCCUUGUCCGGAAGCUGAAUGGCCUCUGUCUGGCGCGGAGGCUCUCUUUACGGACCUUCCUAGUGUGCCGCAGCCUAGUGAACGUCCUAUUAAUAAAUAUACGUCAAACAUCACCGUCAGUCGCUGCUACUCAACUACAGCAACUGCAACUGUCAUCCACGAAGGAAAUUCAGAAAGGGAUAUCAAACCGUCUCCAGAGAGUCAAGGUCCCAAAGACCACAUUGUGAAGAACAGUGAUGCCGGAAUAAUGGCUGGCUUCCUACACGACAGCGCGCCCGUACAGCUGGUGCAGGUGGUGGUGAUGGCUGCCGAGCGGAUCAUGGCUUUGCGGCCUGGCAGUACUCUAGUAGAGGCUAUCUACUCCUCCCCGCACCGUCUUAUACAACAUGUCAUGACGGCUCAGAAGAAACACCUAAAAACUAAGUGAUUAACUUUUUAACAGACCACAACAUUAGAUAUUAAGUGUUCAUCAGUCAUUUUGAAAGGUCAUCACUUACCUUGAGUGCUCACCAGUCAUAACAGACCAAAUGAUAAGUGGUUGUUUAGUUUUUAAGUGAACAGGAAUAUCAGUGUAACAGCAGUACCAGCUUACUGAGGGACGUGUUGUCGGGUGUGAGUAUCGUCAGUGCCAUAUGUUUAAAAUAGUAACUUAUACAAAGUUCUCUGAUGCUAUCAUGCUGCAGGGUUAGGCUAGGAAGAGUAUUAUGACCGUAUGACAACUCGGAAGUCUUUCAGUACAAAUAAAAUAUGUAUGGCAAACUACUGUAUUCUGAAUUUAACUUCCAAAAAAAACAAUAUGUAUUUAAUAUAAAAAGAAAAAAAAUAGUUGUCCUCUAACAGUGAAAGCCUCUGUUAUUAUGGGUUAAUAAUGAGUUAGUCAUAUCAGAUACACUGGCAAGUAUUACCAGGGUGUAUGGAUUUUCAUUCUUAAAACCUGGUUAUGUACAAUAUGUCCAAAAUCUUGUUACCAAUCCUAGCCAUCAACACAAUCACCAGGAUGUAAGUAAAAUAAUUACCUAUGGAUGUUCCUUUUACUCUUUACUCUAGGUUUAAGGUCUGGUCAGGGCCAACUCAUGAAGAUGUCAUUAGAGGUUUUAUUAAUAUAAUUCAGAAGUAGAAAACGGCAGAUCGCAGGAAGACAAAUAUGCCGCCUGGUUACCCUAAUUUAAGUAGGGCAGUGGACCUCGAAGUCACUUUGAUAUGAGAAGUCACACCACCUGUGAUCUGCAUUUAUUAUGUUUGGUGAGUGACUUGUUUGACUCCUAAUCAUGACAGAAAUAAAUAUUUUGUACCUUCAAAUGUAUUCAUUACGGUUUUCUACUUAACAAAACUCAUAAUGGUUUAAUAAUGGUGCUUUGAGUAACAUUCAUGAAAAAGAAAAAAUACCUUUCUGAUAUUGCCAUAGAAAUGUCGAGUUGAUCAUGACAGAAUUCUGUGAUGUAAGUUUAAUGGCUUGACUGUAAUAAUAUAUACCACAGAGUGAUAGGUAUUUUGUUUACUAUUUCUACACUAAAGAACCCUUGUGUUCCCUCGUAUAUCUAGAGGUUUAUAUAAUUAAGAUAUAUUAGUCAUGAUAGAUGUAUAUUUGCUAUCGCCAGAAAAAUAAAAAGUUAUAUUUAUAAAUCUGGGAUAUAUAUUUUAUGUUAACUCUAGUUAUGCUUCAUAGGUGUAUAAAUUUAAAGAAAUUUUAUUGGAUUAU